UCCGCACACCGGCGGCGGCGGCGGCGGCAGGUGUGAGCCGUCCGGAUGGCGGAGUCCGGACCGCAGCCGCCGGGCGGCGCGCCCAGCCGGCACGAGAAGAGCCUGGGGCUGCUCACCACCAAGUUCGUCUCGCUGCUGCAGGAGGCCAAGGACGGCGUGCUCGACCUGAAGCUGGCAGCAGAUACUCUGGCAGUGCGGCAAAAGAGACGUAUUUAUGAUAUUACAAACGUCCUUGAGGGCAUUGGACUUAUCGAGAAGAAAUCGAAGAACAGUAUUCAGUGGAAAGGUGUGGGGCCUGGCUGUAAUACCCGAGAAAUUGCCCACAAGUUGAUUGAGUUGAAAGCAGAGAUUGAGGACCUGGAACAUCGGGAACGAGAGCUGGAACAGCAGAAGAUGUGGGUGCAGCAGAGUAUCAGGAAUGUCACCGAUGAUGUACAGAACAACGAAUUAGCGUAUGUGACAGAUGAGGAUCUUUGCAAGUGCUUCCCAGGCGACACAUUGCUGGCCAUCCGAGCUCCGUCAGGAACCCAGCUAGAAGUUCCUGUCCCUGAGGGCUUAAACGGCCAGAGGAAAUACCAGAUCCACCUAAAGAGCAGCAACGGUUCCAUUGAUGUUCUUCUAGUAAACAAGGAUGCCUGGAGCUCUCCUCCGGUGGUACUUCCUGUCCCUCCCCCGGAAGACCUCAUUCAGUGCCAGCCAAUCACUCCCUCUAAGAAGCCAUCCAUUCCCCCGUCCCAGGAGACCCCUCUUCCCAGCGGUGCCAACCCUCCUGGGUCUGUGCCCAGCAGCACGCAAGACCACAGGCCCUCCGUGCCCCAAUCGGCCGCCGUGGCAGAGACAGGCACCUCGACAGCAGAAUCAAAAAGUAGUGUGGAGCUGGACUCGCUUACCCCUUCGACCGUACCGGCCAGCCCGCCAGCUGGGCUUGAUACGCAGCCCCUCCAAUCCUCAGCCUUGCUGGACAGCAGCUCUGUCUCGCCCAGUUCCUUUACCUCUUUCGAGCCAAUCAAGUCCUUCCCCACAGAAAUACUGGAAUUUCCCAAAGAGCUUUCAGAAAUGUUUGAGCCAACCAGAGAGUGCAUGAAUUCGGAGUUGCUUGAAGAGCUGAUGUCCUCUGAAGUGUUCGCUCCUUUACUCCGCCUCUCCCCACCUCCCGGAGACCACGACUACAUCUACAACUUGGAUGAGAGCGAAGGGGUUUGUGACCUUUUCGACGUCCCGAUUCUCAACCUCUGACUUUUGACUGCCUGGAUGGAUGGACUUUGGGAUACGGAUUCUUCCCCCCACCCCCCACCCUUUUUUUUUUUUAAAAAAAGGAAACUUGUCUCAAAGGAAUGUGGGGGAAAGCCCCAAACUCUUCAUUCUGGAUUCUUUGUCCGCUAGUGCUCGAGUGAAACACAGAGCUGCUCGGGUCUAGACCGAAAACCAAUCAGGACGAGAGUCUUGUCUCCAGCUUUUUUCUUUCCUUUUCUUUUUUCCCCUCUUCCCUGGCUUAUCUUGGUCCCGUCCUUUGUCCUUUCACGGAUCCUGAGUGGGCCUCCUUCCCAGGCACCUGCUGUUGAAUCUUGCUGAGCAGUAAAAGCGC